CCUCUUUACAACAUGGAAUCGUCGGGCUACAGAUUUGGCAGCGUCGACUAUGUAGUGUUUCUGGGCAUGAUCGUUCUAUCCACCAGUACGGGCAUCUAUUUCGGGUGCAUCAAGAAGGGCAAGAAGAAGAUCGAGGAGGUGGAACCCACCUUACCAACCACUGUGCCCGCGAGGCGCAAGCACGAUUUCGGAUCGGAGAAGAUGAGCGAGUAUCUGCUGGGAUCACGCAAUCUGAAAGUUUUUCCCGUUGCCAUGAGUCUCAUAGCCAGCUAUAUAUCGGGUGUCACGAUACUGGGCACCACAUCGGAAAUCUAUAAUUAUGGCACGCAAUAUUGGUUUAUAGCCAUAGCAAUCGUUCUACAGGGCAUUGCCGUCUCCUAUGUAUAUAUACCGGUAUUCUCGGCACUUCAAGUGGGGUCUUCGUAUGAGUAUCUGGAGAUGCGCUUCCAUUCCAUCAUACGAAGUAUAGCCUCGUUUAUGUUUAUUUUGGAUGAGAUACUUUUUCUGCCGUUUAUUGUUUACGUGCCAGCCAUUGCUCUCAACCAGGUAUCUGGCAUUAAUCUCCAUGUUAUUGCUGUCGUGAUAGUGAUCGUGUGUGUUUUCUAUACCUUUGUGGGUGGAAUCAAAGCCGUGGUCCAUACAGAUGCCUGGCAGGUCCUGGUAAUGUUUCUUUCAGUUGUGGCAGUGGCCGCUCUGGCCACCUAUUACGCCAACGGCCUGGACGUCAUGUUCGACGAUGCCGCUAAAGGUGGACGAAUAAUAUUCACCAACACGAAUCCCUCGCCGUAUGUCCGUCACACCGUUUGGAGCGUCCUCAUCGGUGGCUUCUCCUACUGGACGUCAUUCAAUGCCGUCAACCAGACCAUGGUCCAGCGCUAUAUGUCCCUGCCGUCGCUGAAGAAGGCCCGUGCUUCCAUGGCCAUUUUUACCAUUGGAGUGGCUGCCUUUGUAUCCGUUUGCUGCUGGGUGGGACUCCUGAUCUUUGAGAUGUACAAGGAUUGUGACCCCUUAAGUGCGGGGUUGAUAACGCACGAUGACCAGCUGCUGCCCCUCUUUGUGGUCCAAAGUGUGGGCCACAUUUACGGAAUGCCUGGCCUGUUUAUAGCUGGAAUUUUUGGUGCCGCCUUGAGUUCUCUGUCCGUUGUGCUCAACUCAACAUCCUUGGUGAUCCUGGAGGACAUAGUUCGAGGCUGCUUCAAGAUGCAGCCCAGCGAAAGAGCCUCCACUAUACUGGUCAAGUCGACUAUCAUAGUUUUGGGUCUAGUGGCGCUAUCGCUGGUCUUUGUCCUGGAGCAGCUGAGCGGAAUCCUGAGUAUCUGCACUUCGAUGACAGCCAUCGCAGCUGGAACCACUUUUGGCCUAUUUACCCUUGGAAUGCUAGUUCCCUGGGCCAAUACAGUGGGCACUGCUGUGGGUGGAAUCGCAAGUGCUCUGCUUGCUGGAUGGAUAUCAUUUGGAACGCAGUUCACCAUAGCAGCCGGACAGUUGAACUCCCAAAAGCUCCCGGUCUCUGUGGAAGGAUGUGCCGCCAAUGUCACGCUUCCGGAGAACGUGUGGGUGGACGAGGAGCAAGUGUUUCCACUUUACCGGUUGUCAUAUCACUGGAUUAAUCCCAUCGGAGUGGCCACCGUUCUGGUGGUGGGAGCUCUAGUCUCUUUGGUGACGAAGCCAACGAACAUGAAAACCCUCGAUCCUGACCUGAUAUCGCCCGUAAUUCAUAGAUUCCUCCCGAAGGAAUGUUUCGAGGGUCGCAAUCCACAGGCGCAAGCGCACAAAAACCUCCUCCACACCUCCUAAAGACAAUUCGCCAUAAUCCGCUGUGCCAAAUCAAAUGGAAUUGAUUUAGAUACAUAAUUCUUACCUGUGGCAUUGCAUUCCAUACACCCCCCUAUGUUGUUGGUAUAGUUCUUAGUUGUAGUUACUAGUCGUAGUCUAGUAGCCUAGUCUAGUAUCAUUCGAUCCAGUGGUUGGAUCGGAUAACACACACAAACCGAAGUACAGGAACCUAUGAAUCUGCAUCUCCCACUACAGGAUGCACAAUCAUUAUCUAAUAGUGUGAAUAGUGUAUUAUAAUUUAGGUUUAUUCAAAGGUUCUUCUGUUUAUCUGUCUUAUCCCCUUAUGUUGAAGUUCCCAGGCUCAGUUUAGGCAUAAUUCUUUGGCAUUUUCGAUUUGUAGUCAGCAGACUGUGUCUCAUAUGUAUUCCGUGUGACUUUACAAGCAUAAUGUCUGUGAUAAAUUCAAUAAAUAGAUCAAACCAGA